ACACCAGACGGCAGCUUACGCCUUGCAUUUCAGCUCGUGGUUCAGCUGGGUUACGUUGCAGCAACAGAUAUGCAUUCCGCACUCAAAUAGCCGUUACACAGUAGUUUAUUCGACCCUUACACCCUGAACAUGACGUGAGGAGAGGAGGGGCAUUUCAGGAUGGUGGGGGGAAAAGACCCUUGCUUCCCCACACAUGCAGUUCGUAAUUACACUAAUCUUACCCGUUCGCUUUCCGUCUUGCCAAGCCGCGAUUCGCGUGCCAAUGCCAACCCGCAACCGCGGAUUCGCUGCGGAUCUUCUGUGGAUUCCCCUUCUCAUCCCGUUUUCCUGUCUCAUCAGAUCACGCCGCAUUGGAAACGCCGCAUCUCUCGGUCCCCCGAAAGAAAUGGCAAGGACCCUGUCGACAUCAAGCGAAAAAUACGGAAGACAUCCCUCCCGACGAAUGAGCCGGCUUCCCGACGGAGGGAGACAGUCUGACAGGGAGGGAGGGAUGAAAACGCCGGAUACUCGGCACAUCACAUCACAUCUCCCUCUUGUUUUUAGUGGCAGAAAAGACAUCAGAUGGGGGAAAAAAGGACCAUGUUGGUUGGCACUCGCUCAGCCCAGUAAGCCCGGCCAACGAGCAAACAAACCGAAGAGGGAGCCCAGUCAGAAUUUCCCUGUCGUUAUGUAACUACCUUGGUACAAACAUACUUAUUCAACCCCGGCCGGGCCAUCCGAACGACCAGUGAUCGCCGCCAUCCGACCGUCAUACAGGUCUGAAAAACGGUGACCUUCCCCGUCGUCUUACAUACAUUCGCACUCGGCCCUGGCUUGUCUCCCAUCGCCAACCUCUUUUCUUUGCCCGCCAUUUGUAGGCUGCAUAGUUACAGCCAGCCGCGGUGCUGUUUCUAACCGGCCACCUCUACCCUCCUUUCUGCC